AGAGGGUUUUUAUUAUAGCUAUGGCGGGGAGCAGCGGUCUGGCGACAGCGGCCAAAUAUUUCAGCUCCGCGAUGCGAAGGAACGCAGCGAUCAGGCAGCCGCUGAGCGCAAUGCGCACCAGGAGCGGCGGAUGGGGAUUGCCGCUGCCGCCGGAAGAAGAAGUCUCCGCCCCUGUUCCCGAAGAGUAUGAGCUGUGGUGGGGAGGGGAGCGUGUUGACGAGGAUCCUACUGAUAUAGAUAAGUGGGAAGCUCUUGGAAUGUGUUGCGCUGGACUGUCUUUCUUCGCCAUACUCGGGGUUCUUGCACACUACCGAGCUAAAUAUUCUAAGAGGCCUUAUCCACUGCGAGAGUUUCCUUGGCUUGAAGAGUGGGAUAGGCUUAUCCCGGUGGAGGAGCGAGAGCAAAACUUCGAUCAUCCUCAAAACUACUGAUGUGGUAACUUUGCAAGCUUUCCAAAUUCCUGUUUUGUUAUGUUUCCAAAUUUUCCUCCUCGAGACUUUCUGUCGUCUGGGAAAAUCGCAGGAAUCCGUCGUGAUCUCCAAGGGUUUUCCCUAGGUUCUUUCGCAGUGGUGGAUCUCUGUGCGAAUAAGAAAUGAAAAUAACUCGGAUUCCAGGUGGUGUCUCUUCAAGUUCGUGUGAUAGGAACAUCAAUAGGUGCUAGUGUGAUGGAAGGGUGACCACCAACAGAUUUUGCAGGCUAUGGGUAUAUAUCUCAUCUUGGAGGACUUUCCUGCAAUUUUUGUUGGAUCUUCUCUGCGGAAUGGCUCUCAGAGCGGUGCUUUUCUGUGCUCUUGCUCUGGUUUUGGCGGAGCUGAGCUCGGGUCAAGCUGAUGGUGGUGGGAAAAAUCUGGACGACAUGAUCGGGCAGCCUGAGGGAGAGGAUUCGCUGCCGAGCGAUGUGUUCGCCCCGCUGGAGAACAGGCUUGCAGAAGGUGGUCAAGUAGAGGAAGCCGAUAGUUCUCUUCCGGAGGGGAUGACAAUGCCAGAGUCGGAAAAGCUUCAGCCAUCUCCGGGAGGAGCUCCAUCUCCGUCGGCCGGGGAUUCUUCGCCUGACAAAGACGAUGAGUUGAUGAAGAAGGAAGCCUUGGCAAGUCUCGAAGAAGCACAGCUCUAUCUCCAGCGGGCUCGGGUGAUCGAGACGACGGAGGAAUGCAAGGCCAGUUUGUACUCGGCCAACGGCGAGCUUGCAUGGUGCGUGACUUUCCUGCUGGAGCUGAAAUACAACGAGACACUUGACAAGCUCGGCAACGCAAAGAGAAGCUUGGCGCAGUGUUCUUCCGCUCUCUCAAUGGACAAUUCGGGUGAUGCUACCAGACCUCUGCUAUAUCUCGUCCAGAAAGCACUCUCUCAGAUAGACGAAGCGAAAAUCACCGUGAGCGGGCUAACACCACCUCCGAGUGAAUUUCCCAGCACGGAAUCGGUGGAGUUUGAAGGUGUUGGAGUCCGGGACUCGUGCAAAGUGGAGGGGACAACUUGCCAGUUCUCGAACUGUGGGAAAGGAAAGAAGUUACCAAAGUGUGCUAUCGGCUAUGCUGGGAGUGUGACUGGGGGAGCCAGGGGUACCAUGUACACGGUCACAAGCUCCGACGACAAUCCAUCUCGGCCACAGCGCGGCACCUUUCGUUAUGGAGCUCAGCUGGCCAACGGGAGAAACGGAGGGGUUUGGAUCACCUUUGCUCGGAGCAUGACUAUAGUCCUCCGCGACAUGGUGUGGAUCCGGAGCUCCACCACGGUUGAUGGACGUGGAGUGAACGUCGUCUUUACCAACAAAUGCUUCGUUCUCGGCGGUGUCAGCAACGUUAUCCUUCACAACUUCGAGAUCUCUCGAGUGCCACAGACGGAUACAAUCCACAUCUUUGGAUCCUCGAGGGGCGUUUGGGUGGAUCACAUCACGUCCUCGGACGCGAAGCUCGGCCUCGUCUCGGUUGUCCAGGGAUCGACUGACGUGACCAUCUCAAACUGCUAUCUUUCCAACAAGAACUUCAACAUGUUGCUCGGUGCCUCGGAUGCGGACUUGCAGGAUCGAAACAUGCGCGUGACCAUCUUCCGGAACUGGUUUAGAGACUCGAUGCAAAGGAUGCCUCACUGCAGGUUGGGAUACUGUCACGUUGUCAACAAUCUCUACACGAACUGGGGAUACUACGCCAUCGGAGGAAGAGCAAACGCACAGAUCCUGUCCGAGAGCAACGCAUUCAUUCCCGGCCGUAGGCGUGAGGUUACGCCGUGGUUUCCAGGUGCCUCCAAAGCUCUCGAUCAAUCAUCGACGAUUCAGUCGAGAAACGAUCUCUAUCUUGGCGGUUCUACGUUCCAUCAGUUCGUCCUCCUCGGGAAGAACUCGCAGCAUCCAAAGUACGUUACGCCGCGCCAUGCUCCUCCGGUUGUAACUCCAAAUCGUCUCACAAAGAUGAUCCAAGCUUGCGCUGGCUCGCUCUAUGGACAGAAGCUCCAGCGCUGCCUCUACUCGAGCUAAAAUCGCUGUGCAAGAGCUUUUGAUCCAAAGCUUUCCAAAGGGUCCAUUUUAAAAUAACGGUCACGAGCUAAAACAAAUUUAAUAAAGCCAAGGUUUUGUUGGAGUCAA